AUGCCGAGCUGUCUGACAAUUUUUGUGGGCCCGGAGUCAAUCCUAGUACCUCUCAUCGAGAAGGAUGGCAUGCUGGAUAGUCUCCACAACGCUAAGCUUUAUCCCGGUAUGCAUGGGCAUGAGAACCGUCUUGGCAUUUUUCGCGACAAGGAUGACAUUCCUACUAAUAGUGUGCUUGUAUCGCUGGCGCGUGAGCUUGGUCACCAAGCUAAUGAUGAGCUAGAUUCGACAGUCGACAAGGAAGAUGUUGCUUCUACUCUACGUCAGCGACGCUGGUCACUAAAAAUUAUUUUCACCUUCUCCUUAUUCGGCUUCAUCACAGCUGGUUCUCUCUUCGUCGCCAUCUACCAGAUGUUCCGUCCCAGCUCAUCUACACUCUUGUCUCCCGAUAGUUUCUUCCCUACCUUUCCAAAUGUCCGCAUGAAGUUUGUAGAAGGCGAAGACAACGAUUUCAUGCGAUUUGAUGAAGUAGGUGAUGCGGCGUGGAAUGACAUGAUUCCAAAUGGCGCCGGUUACGUAAGGGUGGACAAUCCUCGUCAGUACGAUAUGGAAUCCAGUGUACCCUAUGGCAAGGGAACAGAAGAUGCAGAGGUAUAUCAAGCAUCCGUGGUACACCAAUUACAUUGCCUAGGUACACUACGGCUCGUCCUUGCUGCUUAUGCUCGACAUGAGCGUCUAGAGAAUUAUUAUGAUAGCGAUGCUCACAUGCGCCACUGCCUCAAUAUCUUGCGACAAGGCAUUAUCUGUGCAUCUGAUACUACGCUAGCAUUUUCAAAACCAACGGGAAAAACCAAGGAUGGUCUGUUCACUGCAAAAUUCAACAACAUUGGAACGGUUCACACAUGCCGUAGCUGGGACGCUGUGCAGGAGUUUCUAGUUGAACAUCGAGCAAUGGAUUGGAAUGGAACAGUUGGGACUACAUGAGUAUACAAUUAAUUCAGAGAAUCUAUUGCAUUAUUAAACACAACC